AUGGACAUUAUUGGAAAGAUAUAUACUCCUAGUCAAGGGCAUAGUUUCGUACUGGUCGAGACGGACUCUUUCACCAAGUGGGUCGAAGCCAUUCCCCUUAAGGUAGUAAAUCAAACAGAUGUCAUCAAGUUCUUGAAGCAACACAUCAUUCACAGGUUUGGCCUCCCUGAAACCAUAACCUGUGACAAUGGAAGUGUGUUUACAGAGGAUCUAGUACUGGAGUUUGCUAAGGAGCAUGGAAUAGCUGUCAUCCACUUAACCCCUUAUUAUGCCCAAGGAAACGGCCAAGUUGAGACGAGUAACAAGGUUCUAAAAUCAAACUUGGCUAAGGUCAUUACUGAUAAUCCUUCUUCCUGGGCCAAGUUGCUAUCUGAGAUUACUGUGAAGUCAUUACGGGUUGCACGCCAGCAUAACUUGAUGGCAUUCGAAUACAGUGAGGCUAUACUAACCGAGUUGGAGGACCUAAGUAAAGAACGUGUCAAGGCACUAAACUUUAUGCAGGUUCAAAAGGUGUUAGUGGCCAAGGCAUAUGACAAGCGUGUUAGGCCUAAGGAAUAUGAGAGGGUCAGUUGGUAUGGAAGGCCAUCCUACCAAUUGGGGCUAAGACUAGCCCAUUUGGUAAAUGGUCCCCUACGUGGGAAGGACCAUUUGAAAUAUAUCAAACACUCAAAGGAGAACAUACAGGCUAUAGGAUCUAGAUGGGCAAAUUCAUCUGAAACCAAUCAAUGGGAAAUACUUGAAAAAGUACUUCCCAGCUAUGUGGGAACCAGUGUAGAUAACAGGUGA